AUGUGUGCUCUUGGACAGUGUCUUGAAAGGCCUGCAGACGGACCUUCUCCUAUGGUUCGGGCUGUCUCGAUCACUUAUAACGCCCCAGCGGGGCCUUUGCUAAUCAACAAAAUCAAGCCGGUCGUCCUGGUGCUUCCGGACGACAGCUCGACUUGA